AUGGCAUUCUCUGAGGAUCUGAAUAUCUUGCAGACUAUGGUUUUGGAAGUGAAAACCGGUUGGUCAGCGAUCUAUGUCAAAAAACCAAGUCUUCUCGCGUAUACCAGUGGAAAUCUCGAGAAGCAAAUCGCUCGCGAAGUCGAAACAUGCGAAAUUCUUCGCAAGAACUCCCAUCCAAACAUAGCGACCUAUUACAGCUACGAGGAUACUCACGGUCGAGUAUCUGGUCUAUGUUUUAGACGAUAUACUUCAACACUACUUGAAGCAGUCAAUCCCCAACGUCUGGGCAAAGUCGCUUUCCUUUCAAGUGCGCGCGAACUGGUGAAAGCGAAUAUGAAAAGUGGACUUGAAGGAGUUUUGGCCGCCAUAAAACAUCUCCAUUCUUUCGGACUCGUCCAUAACGACAUUAACCCUGCAAACAUUAUGCUUGAUGCUGACGGGACGCUUAUACUCAUCGACUUCGAUAGCUGUCGUUAUAUCGGAGAGUCGUUGACCAAAACCGAAACGAAAAGAACCCGCCACUGGCACGACCCUGCUGUUGAUAUUUCGCUCGAGAAAAACGACUUUGACGCUUUCAGGGAUCUACAAAUCUGGUUGACUGGAUCGGUGGAUGAGAAAUUUGUUUUUGAGUGA